AUAGACUUUUAGAGAGUAGUAUGGGUCUCUUUGCGUCCACUUAACUUGCGCCCUCGAUUUGAUGUGGAACUAGUGGUAGCAAAUAUAUUUAAUUAAAAUACCUAUUUCAUUCGAAACAAAUUCAGAGCAUUAAAUAUAUAUCUAUAUAAUAGCUAAGCAGUUUACAACGUUGUUGGCUGUGAGUGAGACCGCAAUGCUCUGAUAGAACCGACCGCUCACACCGUGCCAGCUAGAGCAGUGCUAAGUGCUUUGUAUCAUGUCCAGGUUACUGUUGCGCUCUCUCCAAAGGCGACAUCUCCUAUUGGCCGGUUCUGGCUGCCCGAGAUGUUUCCUGGCGCAGAUGACGCGGGUCACGUGCCUUAGAGAUUGUCAUAUUGUAACAUCAACAGUGCAGCAUCAUUUAGACAAAAGGAAUAUAUUCACAUCGGUUGGAAAACAUUACUUCUUUGAUACUCAUGCAGUUGUACGGCUUCUGGAGUCUAAUGGAUUCUCUGCUGAGCAGUCGGAAGUUAUUGUUUCUGCAUUAGUAAAAAUCCUUAAUGUGAACAUGGAUCUGAUAUACAAGGAUAUGGUUACGAAAGAGCAGCAGGAGAUCAGUCUCCAGCAGGUCAUGUCACUCAUAGCAUCUCUCAAAAAAGAUAUGAUAAUUUUGGAAAAGAGUGAAUUUUCUGCAUUAAGAACACAAAAUGAGAAAGUGAAAAUUGAACUUCAACAACUAAAGAAGCAAUUAACUGAUGAUAUUGUCAAAGUCCGUGUAAGCAACAAACUGGAUUUUAAUUCAGAAAAAAGUAGCGUUAAAGAAAUGCAUGCUGACAAUGAUAGGAAGCUGCUGGAACUUAGAACAUCAAUAGUAGAACUGCAUUCUCAACAAGAUAGAGGACUGACACAAACCAAAAGAAAGAUCGACACGGAAGUUUCAGGUUUGAAAACCAUGCAAGAGUCCCAUAAACUUGACACCAUUAAAUAUUUGGCAGGGUCAGUGUUUACAUGCCUUACAAUAGUUCUGGGAUUUUACCGUCUGUGGAUGUAAAAAGAGAAGAAAAAUUCUCAUCCAUCGAUUUUACUUCUUUUUGUCUGAAACUGUUUUCAUGAUGCAGCCCUCCAGAGGACAUCAAUUUAAUUUAAUCCUGUCAUCCAACAUGCUGUAGGAGAUAUUAUUGGCCUGCUGCAUAUAAUAAGUUGCACAGCUCUGAUCUAAUUCAUAACCAAAGAAUGGAAGAGGACUAUACAAGUACUAAUGCAAACAUAUAUUAAUACCAUAUUACGGCCAUUGCCAUUUUUUUCUUUUUAAUGUUUUUUUGUUCUUGUCUGGAAUUAUGAAAUUAUAAUACACAAGAAAAUCCUGGAAAUUAUAACCUUGUAAAUAGUGUUUAUUGAUGUCAUAAGUUAUAAUUGGUUCUUAGCAAAGUAAUUUCUGUCACUUGACUUACCAAAAUGUGUAUAUUAUGUGCCUUCAGUCUCAUGUCUUUGUGUUUACAUGGAACUCCUCUGAGACUUAUAGUAUCCUUAUAUUUUAUGAUAGGAGGUGCAUUAUUCACUAUAUCUGGCAAAGGUUUAUUGCUCUCAGCAGUGAAGAGAGUUCUUGGAAAGGUUGGACAUACAGAUGUGUGUGCUUUUCCAUUGCAGUACAUUUUUGUGGGCUAGUUCAUUUAUUUAAUGGUAAAAAAAUGCAUAUCAUAAAACUCUAAACACCAUAUGUGCCAAAAGUUGUACUCAACUGUCAUGCUGCUUUCAUAUGGAUACAAUUUAACUGACCUUAUUGAAGCCAUAUGAACAAUUUGCAGAUUUUAUAAAUAUUUUUCUGAGAAAGGAAUUAAAAGAACAACUGGCAAACUG